AGUAGCUGGGAUGACAGGCACGCACUGCUGUUCCCUGCUUGGACUUAAUUCUUAUGCCAUUUGCUUACUCAGAGUGGCUCUGAGCCCAUGAGCCCCACAAGGUUGUGUCCUCUCUUGGGCCGCGCCUGCUCCAUGUGGGAGGACGCUUCCUGCCCCUGGGCCUUUGCACUAGCUGAGCCACCUGUUGGGGACAAUUUCCCAUCUCCUUCCUGUCCCCCCUGCACCUGUGCUCGACCCCAGGCCGGCCUGACCUCACAGGCUGUCUGUCUCUGCAGGUCCUACCCCGACGAGGAGGGCCCCAAGCACUGGUCUGAUGCCCGCUAUGAGCACGUCAUGAAACUCCGCCAGGCCGCCCUGAAGGCUGCGCGGGACAUGUGGGCCGACUACAUCCUGUUUGUGGACGCGGACAAUCUCCUGGUGAACCCUGACACGCUGCGCCUGCUCAUGGCCGAGAACAGGACGGUGGUGGCGCCCAUGCUGGACUCGCGGGCAGCCUACUCCAACUUCUGGUGCGGCAUGACGACCCAGGGCUACUACAGGCGCACGCCGGCCUACAUCCCCAUCCGCAAGCGGGAGCGCAGGGGCUGCUUCGCCGUCCCCAUGGUGCACUCCACCUUCCUGGUGGACCUGCGCAAGGCCGCGUCCCGGAGCCUGGCCUUCUACCCGCCCCACCCUGACUACACGUGGUCCUUCGACGACAUCAUCGUCUUCGCCUUCUCCUGCAAGCAGGCAGGGGUGCAGAUGUACGUGUGCAACAAGGAGGUGUAUGGGUUCCUGCCAGUGCCGCUGCGGGCGCACAGCUCGCUGCAGGAUGAGGCCGAGAGCUUCCUGCACGUCCAGCUGGAGGUGAUGGUGAAGCAUCCACCCGUGCAGAACUCGAGGUUCAUCCCGAUCGUGGACAGGGGGCUGCAGAAGUCACUGGUGCUCGAGGACGACCUGCGCUUUGAGAUCUUUUUCAAGAGGCGUCUGAUGAAUCUCAUGCAGGACGUGGAGCGGGAGGGGCUGGACUGGGACCUCAUGUGAGUGGGCGGGGCCUGCGGCCUUGUCCCUGCUCCCUCCCUGGUGGCUUUGGGAUCUCCUGCAGUGGGGGGGCUCCACCUGUCGUCCCCCUCCUCCCGUCUCUCCUCCCCAGCAUGUGCAGGCCCCCAAUCCCACUGUGUUACUGAUACGAGUCGCUGCCUGUCUCCAUUCCGAGGCACCUUGCUCGCCCCAGGUUUAGCUCCAGGUGUGGCCCUGCCCUCUCCAGGUCUAACACCUCCCAUGGCUCCCUAGUACCUUUAGGAAGAAUGCGCCGACCCCACAUCUCUCGGAAGGUGUUGUCCCCGCAUCCCCCACCCAGCCCCAGUGGCCUCCCCGUCGUUCCCCCAAAGCGCUGAGCCUGCCGCCCUCC